AAAUCUCGUGGUUGAGAUUUUGCAUGGGAUGGAUAUUAUUUUUAUAGUGUAGUCGAGAUUUGCAAGUUGAGCCAGGCACACACAAGCACAUCGACGUCGUAUGUUAUGUUAUUGUAAUGUGUGUAAAUCGUGACAGUUCUUUGCAGAUUUCGGCCGAUUGUCAUGUCAACUUGAUCGAUUUUCAGAGGUCCAAGAUUUUCACAGGUUUUGAAACUUUUUCAAUACGGUGCGACAAUCAGUUUUGCUUACGACAGGUCACUGCACACUGUCGAUUCUGUGGUCUUAUUGCUGUCAAGAUAAGUGAAAUUCUGAUAUCGUCACUAAUGGCUUCUGGUGGGGAUUCACACUCACGCCCACCGGCACAAGGUUCGGGCGGACCAAGUAGCUAUUUGCUGGACCCAAACUCGUCACCUCGAGUGAAAUCAAUUUCGGUUGCACUGACUUCUUGGUGUGAGUUACACCUUUUGUGUCUAAGGGCUCAUGACCUUAUAUCUACUGCUCAUUUGAACAGACUGGAGCACAUUUCUGAGGGCUUGUACCAGUUGUUUGAGACACUUCGUGCAUUUGAAAAACGCUACUCGGCGAUGCUCGUUCGAGUCAACCAGUACCCAGAACCAGCUCACAUUGUCUUCUUCGCUAAAACAUUUAAUGAACGAAUUUUUCAUGCUGGAGAAAGCAUUGAAACAAUGCUCUCUUCUAAUUUGGCAAGAGCUGCGCAAACAAGGGCUGAGUUUCGCUUGCAAUUGCAAGAAUCAGAAAGAUCUCUGCUAGAUUAUGAAGCCGAAAUAUAUGAAAGCGUCGCAAGUGCAAAUUUUGGUCGGUCUAAAGUCCAAAAAGUAUUUCUGCCACAGCCUCAUCCGUUGGAAUAUAUUCCUCUCUCAAUUCAACCAUUUGUUGACUCCUCAAUGGGGAGAUCAAGUCCGGAAAACGGCGGUGCUCUUGCCAAUUCGUUAGUAUUUCUUCGUAAUCGUCGUCGCCAGUUGUUGUCACUGAUGCAGACCUUGAAUGAGAGCCGGUUUCAAUCAGAUUUUACCUCUCUAGAUGUAAGGGAUUUUCACCAUGAAGUUGAACUGGUUGAAUCCGAAAUGGGUCUUGUAACGAAUUUGCAACGGAUUGUAACAACAGUACGAAUGAUGGAGGAAGCCAGAGGUAAUAUUACUCCUACUCGUACUCCACAGUCCUAUUCAGAAAGUAACGUUGCUGCCCUGUUUCGAGAAACGGUGGAAUUAUUUCAACCAAUACGCGGACCUGCCAAUACUCAUCAAGGACUCCCAACUGAUGGACGUUCUAUUGGAAUUCCUUACCUUAACAAUACGCUUGGAGAGGAUCAUAGUCGUCGCAAUUUAAACGUGGAUCGUAGCUUAGCUUUCAGUUCAUUAUCAUCUGUGAAUAUCAAUUCUAGUUCCAAUCCCAAUAAUCAUCCUCCAAUCUCAAACGAAUUGCCUCUUCCGCCUCCCUCGAGAUUGUCGGAGCCAUUGCAACAUUCUUGGGUGCUCUCAGGUGAUCGAAGCAAUGACAGAGCAAGAAGCGGCGCAUCCCAAGUUACUUCACGUGGUCGCUGGUUCACUACUGACCACUUAUCACACUCAAACCUGAAUGAUCAUACACCCCGACAGUCAUGUCGUUGGUCUGAUGGACGCCAAGAACCAGAGUACACUGCAUUGGGGGAAGAUUAUAUGACACAUGAAAUUCCUUCACGAAAUAUAUUGAAUUCAAGUAGCGCAUUUACCAGAGUUCCAAGAAACAUCAGCAACAUAACGCAGAAUAUUCGCUCCCGUGCAUCCUCCGUUGCUGAAGUAUCAGACUUUAGUAGUCACCACAAUAAUGAAAAUGAGCUUAAUUUCGAUACCCCGGAUCAACUACUUGCUCAGACUGUUAUGACUGGUUAUGACCGACAAAAUGUUAUGCUUCAAGAUAUGAUGACACGCGUAAUCCAUUUGGGAAUGUCCGUACGCAACAGUGGGAGCAUUGUCAAUAGGAACAACUCAUUGUUGACUGACUUGGUCAUUGCUGUUGACGAAAUUAAUCGAAACGUUGCCAGAAUUCAAGAGGACGUAGCAAUUUUGAAAUCCAAUUCAAAUACUCAAGCUGCAUUUGGUCCAGACCAUUAUUCUGCUCACAUUCCUACCAGAAACAGAUCAGAUGACAACUGGAGAAAUAUUGAUUCUCAGGGGCAGAAUGAAAGGUCUACGCUAAACAUGUUGAACCAUCGCUCCUGGGAGUCGUCCCGUAGUUCUGCUUUGCCACGUGGUGAAAAUUCUGCUUUUAGGGCGAAUAUGGUAGAUAUGACGAUGCCACACGAACCGCUCUCUCAUUCUCGGUAUCCAUUGUCUGCUGCUGCUAUGGAAAGAAGAAGAGAGAUCACGUCUGCAACUGCACCCCCACCGAAUAGUGAACAAUAUGAAACUCCAACAAACAGUUCUAACUGUCACAUGCUGAAUAACCAAAUUCCACCAGGAAAUCGAGCAAAUAAUUACUGGGAUAACUUUAAAAGCUACUCUCGACUGAAUUUACUGUCGGACUCUAAAACAAAUAUCCCUGGAUUGUCACCUUGUGGAGGGUUGGAGGACCAACUUGCUAAUGCAUUAACUGAGGAUCUAUUCCAGGCGUCGUCCCCUUCAGUCCGCAGAGAUUCACGUGGGGAUCGGUCACAGGGGUCUUCCACAAUUCGGUCGUCCUUAUCGGCAAAUUUUGUUGAAAAUAUUGGCCAGAAGAAGCGAAACAAAGAUCAGAAGAAACAGUUUUCAGCAUUAACUUCUGGCAGUCCCCUUCACUCGUCAUCUUCAAACAGUAGUGCAGCAGGAUCUCUAAAUGAUCUCAUAGUUAGAAGUCGCUCAAGUAACGUGGAGUCACAUGAUCGUAUUCUCGGUUCGUCUAGUAGAGAGCCUGCUGAAAAUCGAGUUUUUUCACCAUCUCACGGUACCAGGAUUUCGUCUUCAUCUGGUGGCGGUGGGGUCGAACGUCCGCUAGAUUCGGAUGGAGAUCGGAGAAAUACAAACGUACAUGGUCAUGUCAUGUCUCCCCCCUCGUCUCUAGAAGUAGAUUUGGUGUCACGGGAUGAGUUUCUACAACUGAAUAGUGGAGCUGGGUCAUCUGCUAGUGGAAACGGAAAAAGUGACGAUGGCGGUGGAGCAAGUAGUUCGUCAUCAAAGAAGGAACUGGAGAAGCUAUUGGGAACGUCUGAUAAUGAAGAAUUUCAUGUGCAUAGAGCCUCGGGAGACCAUGGAUCGUGGCCCUUAUUUGAUGCUAGCGAAAUUCAGAAUGAUAACGCUGCAGCAGCAGCAAAACCAGAACCAGAUUGGCUUUGGCCUGAUGGAGAAGUUCCUGAAUCCUCGCAUAACGCUGAUCAAACUAGCGUCAAAAAAUCAUCCCGAGAAAUGGAUAGAAAUGAGUAGCUGGCAGCGUAGUUUUUUAUUCUAUUAUAUUGUGUGAAUCUCAUUCAGACUUUACAUCAGGAACUAAAUCAAAAAAAAACUACAACCGUUCUAGUUUUUGCAAAAUUAUAUGUUUCCACUCAUCGAGUAAUUUAUAAUGUCAUUUUAUAUUUUAUUAAAUUUUGUUGAAAAUGGA